AUGUUGUUAUUCCUGUCCUUCUUCAUACUAAGCGUUGUCGGGUAUCCAGAGUUGCAAUCUAAUGGUACUGCGGCUGUGCGGGCAAUUGCUAUGAGAACACAAAGGGAUGUGAUGAGAAAUAACAGUAUUAUAGACACUGCUGUUUAUGGCAUCGAUCUUAACAGAGUUGUCUUCGAUCAAUUUGGAUACAAUUCUUCAUCGCUUUCUGUUUUUCAAGAUAUAUUAUACACUGGAGUACAAGCUCUGGUCUUAAAUCUUUAUUACAACGAAGAUCUCAAGGAUUGGGGGUUGUGCGAUCUGAGCUCCAAUAAAACAAAUUUGGGUUGCCAAGACCCAAGCACUUUCAAUAUUUCAACUGUGGUUGCAUCAUUAAAUACUGCUUUGGCGAAGACAGAUACCGGAGUCAACAAAAACAUAUUCUUCUUACUCUUUAACCUCUUUUCUACUUUCAAUAAGGACUCCAAGUUUCGCACGGGAAUUGGAGUACUGUCGUCCUCGAUAGCAGGACUCUCAUAUGCUAGCAGCCCUGUUCGUUUGGGAGAGCCAGACACUGUUAACCUCAAUAACUUUCUCUUUGGGGGCAAAAACAGAGCCAUACCAGUGAUAUUGUCCAACAAUCUCUAUAUCAACACGUCUUACAAUCUAAGCCCUGAUCUGAAUACCCUUUAUCAAGCAAACACGACUAUUCCCAUCACGUAUAGUCCGAAUGACAAUCUGACAUGUUCAGCACCAAAAUCGUUCCAAUUUGCGUACGACACCCCAGCGAAUCCUUAUGAUAAUAACUCAUUCCACGAUGCGCUUGUCUGUGGUUAUUCACCAAUUAUCAGUCAGAGCAACCAAGAUUUAUCUCAGAUUUCAAAACUGCUACCGUACAGUCUGUGGUCUUGGGAUGCAUUUCAGCCAAAUCUCACAAUAUCCAGGUCGCUGAAAAGAAAGAACGAUUCCUCGGAAGCUAAGAAAGAUGAUUAUUUGAACAGAUGUGGCAUAAUCACUCCCACAGGAUGGAAGGCCACGUCCUGCCACUUAGAUUUUCAUGUGGCGUGCGCAGACAGGUCAAAUUCUACGAAAAUAAAGCUGACAUCCGACGAGUUCACGUAUUUUGAAGCUGGUGCGGCAUGUUUACAACUUGAUGGAGACUAUGUUUUUACUGUGCCUUCUUCACCGUUGGAGCAGCGCACCCUUCUUAAUCUGUUGGGGGGCAAGAAAUCAGCUUGGAUCGACAUGAACUCGCUCUCGAGCUCAAACUGCUGGGUCAAUGGAGGACCUAAUGCUGUCUGUCCAUACCAGCCUCUCGUUUCCAAGACCAUUUUCAAGGAGAUGAUAAGUCUUGCAUCUGCAAUUGCUCUUGUUCUUUUAUUGCUUCUUCUCAUUGUUCAAAUGGACAGACUACCAGUACAUCGCAAUAGAAGCCAUUGGCGUCGACUGCUCAAACAUAAAUUACAAAACGAAUUUGAAGGGAUUCCUUCAUGA